ACUGAGAUAGUACAAGAUUAUAAAGAGGGGUGCGCUAGCAGGUUUCAUCAGAAGAGAAGGGACCGACGACAACGAGAAGAAGAGAAGAUGAGUAGAGUCGGCCCUCUCAGCCUAGCGCUGGUCGCGGCAGUUGUUGCCGUGACUAUUCUACCAACAGUCAAUGGCUGUGCCUUUUUGGCGACAUGGAGAUGGGAUACUUUCGACGUAGAAAACGUACCGAGACCGAAACCGGUGGCGAAGAAGAGAGCCUUACCGGUGGCAAAGAUUGAACUGGACGACAUGAAACCCAACAUACAAAACCUGGACAAGCCACAUGUUCGCAAGAAACGGACGCCACCUCUUCAAGAAACCUUCGAAACGAGCGUGAAACAACAGGCGGCUCGCCUCAAAUCGGCAUUUCACGAUGACAAGCCACUCCUGCCCAUGGCUGUUCAUCGCGACCGUCGAGCUUUUGAAGACGAUGCCCCCCGCGAACUUCCGCCAAUCUCUCACGUAGAAUCGAUCGUAGAACCAAAAGCAGUCCAUCGCGAUCGCCGUAACUACGACAACGAGAUCCACCGAGAUCCAGAGAUCGUACCAGAACAGAUCCACCGCGAUCGCCGUGAUUACGACAACGAGAUCCACCGAGAUCCCGAGAUCGUACCAGAACAGGUCCACCGCGUAAUCCGCGAGGAUCCCGAGAUUGUACCAGAACAGAUCCACCGCGUAAUCCGCCAAGAUCCCGAGAUUGUACCAGAACAGAUCCAUCGCGAUCGCCGUGACUACGAAGGCGAGGUCCGCCCAAACCCCGAGGUCCAGAUCCUAUCGGAGCCGCUGCAGCGAGAUCGCCGCACUGCCGAAGAUCUAGAACAGCACGUCCUGUCCAAAUCUGUCGACCUCAGUGAGCCAAAGAUCGAAAACGUCGAGAGGCAACGCCGGGAAGAGCCCGAGGUCGUGAAACGCAGCGUCCAGCACAAGUCUUACGAGCAACCCAUCCUGUCCGAGUACGCGGGCCGGGAGCGGCGUGAACCGGCUGCGAAUUUCGCGGAAACAGUAGAACGCAAUGAUUGGGGCCAAUCUCGACGUGCCGACACCUGGAACCGGGGCUAUUCUAACGACGGGUACGCCGGCUAUGUCAAUCGCUAUCCACGUGGCGCACACGAGGCUUAUGUGUCCAACCACGAGAACAUUUUUGGACAACAGGACGACCCAUUUGGCGCCAACACAGGCUACAAGUACCACGUGUAUGCCCAUGCGACAGAUGACCACAGUCCCCUACGUGGGAAGAGACAAGCUCCCCUUUCAAGUGAUUCAACCACUGGUGAAGAAGGAGGAGGAGGAGGAGGAGACGACACAGGAGACCCAAAAAUUACAUACUACACCUGUGAUCAGGCUACGCUGGAAUUGUCCUGUCCUGCCCCAAAAAGACUGAAAAUCGUCAAUACCAUAUAUGGACGAGAGCGCUCUGACACGACUCACUGUCCCCAUGGCAACACUGACGUAUCCACUGUAAGCAACCACCCAAGAGCAUGCGAAAGGCACGUGGAACCGAAAGUGAAGGAAAUGUGUCACAACAAGCAAUCCUGCUCGUUCAUCGUGAUGCCGUCAUUCUUCAACCUCUAUCAGCUCUGUCCAGAUAUCACAAAAUAUCUCAAGGUGGAAUACAUAUGCACAGAACGACAAGAUGAUUGCUGCUACAUUGAUGGUGAAUACUGCGGCCAGCAUGGAUCCUGUGUGGGAAAUACGUGUCGCUGUAAGGAUGGAUGGCGUGGGGACUGCUGCGAAGAGGCUAGCUGCGAUCCACCUUGUGAGAACGGUGGGACUUGUGAAAACCCAGAGUAUCCAUGUACGUGCCUCCCAGGGUGGCAAGGUUACUACUGUCAAAAUGCGGUGUGUGAAAACUCAUGUGGUGACCACGGACUGUGUACAGCACCAAACCACUGCACUUGCGACUAUGGAUAUACAGGGCCCACUUGUAACAUACCUAUUUGCAACCCAGCUUGCCUCAAUGGGGGAGCAUGUACCGGUCCCGAUGAGUGCACGUGUGUUGCAGGAUGGACGGGCGAACACUGUGAAUCAGCUAUUUGCUACGAACCAUGUCAAAAUGGUGGUAUAUGCAAUCUUCCCAACCUCUGUACUUGUCCCAGAAACUACGCUGGACGCUACUGUGAAAUACCGUCAAGUACAAACAGUACACUGAACAUCCACAAAAGCCAAGAUCACAGAGGCAGGUACGCGACUGUUUUCGGGCGAUGUGGACAGACCAACCUCGUCACCAUUGAUGGAGUCAUGUUGAUAGACUUCCCGGGUGACUGUGAAUACAUCUUUGCCUGCGACGACAUCCUUAACAUCCAGAUUUUUGUGAAAAGGGAGCCAUGUGACCCAGGCCCUCCGCACUGCUAUCGGUCAGCUCGGAUCGUGGUCACCGGUCUGUCGGAAGUCGUUUAUCUACGGCCACAUCACGCGGUCUUCGUCGGAGACAAGAGGGUGGGUCUGCCAGGCCAAGAGUUCGGAAUCACUUUUGAACAACUGGGCGACUGGAUUUGCGUGACUACCCGGGAUUCCGGCGGACGGAAGAUGCAGGUUUGGUACGACGGCUACAGUACCAUCACUGUGGAGCCGAGUGACGGCUACAUGAACCGAAUAAGCGGCUUGAUCGGUUCAUUCAACAUGAACCCUGAAGACGACCUGGUUGGCAGGAAUGGGCAUCCGGUGCAUGGGUUCACUCCUCGAAUGAAAGCUAUCUCAUACUUCGAGCAUUGGAGGGCUGAUAUUGCCUGUCCCAGUGUGCCCCUCGAUGCGCCAGGUUCCUGCUCAGCAUUCUCAACUUCCGAGAGAGACCAAUUCAUAACGGAAUGUCAUGACAUUUUGAACUCUGACGACUUCUCUCCAUGUCAUGACGUGGUUGACCCCCUUCCAUAUGUCUACGCCUGCCUAUCUUCCUAUUGUCAAGCUAUUAGCCAUGGGCGUGAUAAAUGGGAAUGCAUUUGUGACAUAUUCACCAAGUACUCCCAGGACUGUGCCCAUUCUGACCGAGUCAUCGAAUGGAGAAGGCAAGGCCUCUGUCAAAAAUCCUGCGCCAGCAAUUUUGAGUUCAUGGAGUGCGGAUCGGCUUGCCCUAAAACAUGCAAAAACAUCAACACCGAGGAGGGCGACUGCAAGGGACACUGUGUGGAUGGUUGCCACUGUCCAGAAGGCCUGUAUCGAGAUGGAGAUCAUUGUGUGCCAUACCACAACUGCAGCUGCACGAGAGACGGCAUGGGCGUAUUCAGUCCAGGAGAGUCCUUCCAACAGGACUGCAACAGAUGCUACUGCACUGGUGGACAGUGGGAGUGUACACAGGACCCAUGCCCUGCCACAUGCAGUUUAUAUGGUGGUGUGCACCUCCAAAGCUUUGACGGCAAGCGAUCUGACUUCUUUGGCCAAUGUCAGUAUGUGUUCGCCAAGGACAAGGGGUGGAACCUCUUCACGGUGCUUGUGCAGCAAACUGAAUGCCAGACUGAGGGUGACACAUGCACUGAGUCAGUAACGUUGAUUAUCGGCAAUGUGAACGACGGAGAGGUCAUCACCUUCCACCAAGACUUCAGGGUCGUGGUGGGCAACAUGGGCAUUGAACUGCCUCAUUUUAAUGACUUGUACCACAUUCGCCACGUGUCCGGUGGUUACAUACAGUUGAGGUCAGUCGUGGGUGUCAAAAUCCUGUGGAACGGAUUCUCUAUUUUGAUGGUUGAGGUGGACCCAGGUUACAUGGGGAAUACUCUAGGUCUUUGUGGGGUGUACGACGGCAACCAAGGGAAUGACUGCCUCACUCGACAAGGCAUUGAAAUUGACAACGUCGCUGAAUUCGGGAACUCGUGGAAAGUGGGUGGCACCAUGUGUCCGGAUGCAAACACGGAACCAGACGUCAUCAGGCCCUGCGACCUCGUCACACCUCGAUCUACCCAAGCGAACACGUUGUGUAACAUCAUCCACGACGACGUCUUCGGACCAUGUCACGUCGAAAUAGACCCAGAUUACUAUUUCGACAAGUGCAAGGAUGACACUUGCAGGUGUGAAGCAGGCUACACCUGUUUCUGUGAUGCUGUGGCCUACUAUUCCAUGCUGUGUGCUAAAGCUGGCCACGUCAUCAGCUGGAGAGAUGAUGAAUUACUACAGGGCAUAUGUGAUGUGAGCUGUCCAAUGGGCAAAACCUACCAGGAAUGCGGCUCGUCCUGUGGCAGAACGUGCAGAGAGAUCGCUGAGCCUGACCACCUGUGUGGAGAUGACUGUGUUCCGGGCUGCAACUGCCCCCCAGGCAUGUUUGAGGACCAAGACGGAAAUUGUGUGCCAAUACGCCACUGUCCUUGCUACUUCGAAGGGCGAUUUCUGCAUGCAGGUUCCCAAUACCAGCCUCUCGGAUCAACAAGAGAUUGCCAGUGCCAAAAUGGCGAAGUUAUCUGCACCAGUACUGUGGACGAACCAGAAACUUGUCCUGAAGGCCAGGAGUACAUAGACUGCGGCGAAGAGCAGCAUGCGGGCACCAGUGGGGCUGCCUGUCAGCCAACCUGUGAGAUGCUGGGCCAGGAAUCCCUCUGCCUACCCUUCACACCGUGCAUGUCAGGAUGCGUCUGCCCGCCGAACCUGGUGAAGGAUGGAGAUAGGUGCGUGGUACCGGACGACUGCCGAUGUCGCUACGGAGGCAAGUGGUACGAGAGAGACGAGUCUGUGGUCAAGGACUGCAACACUUGUUACUGCACAAGAGGAGCCUGGAACUGCACAGAAAAACAAUGUGAUGGUUACUGUAUUGCCUAUGGAGACCCCCACUUUGGGAGCUUUGAUGGGAAGAAAUUCAGGUUCCAGGGAGACUGUGGCUAUGUUAUGGCAACGGAUCACUGCCAUAACCAAACAGGUACGUACCGAGUUGUCGCAGAGAACGUGCCUUGUGGUUCCACCGGUACAACGUGUUCCAAGUCGAUCACCAUCACCCUGCAGCUCCUGGAGAUCGUCUUGGAGAGAGACAAGGAGCCGUACACUCGGGCCGUGUCAGGUUCUAUGAUAGGAUUCACAUCAUUCCCUUGGAGAAUCUUUUAUAUCGGUUUCUUCACCAUUGUGCAAGUGGACAUUGGUCUGACCGUCAUCUGGGACAGAGGCACAAGAAUCAUGAUCAAACUGUCACCACAUCAUCAAGGUAAAGUAUGCGGGAUGUGUGGUAACUUUGACAACAACAUGAACAACGACUUCUUAACGCGUACUGGCGAACUGGUAUCCAACGGUAUCCGCUUUGGCAACAGCUGGAAAAUUUCAUCGACCUGUCCAGACCAAGAAAGGGCUAUCUCUCCAUGCGAGCGCAAUCCCCAUCGUGAACCCUGGGCCAGGCGGCACUGCGGCAUCAUUAUGAACCAUGAGCUAUUUGGGGCCUGUCACAGUGUGAUCAACCCCAAGGACUUCUAUGAAGCAUGUAUUUAUGAUACGUGCGGCUGUGACAGCGGUGGUGAUUGCGAAUGCUUCUGCACAGUUGUGGCGGAAUUUGCUCACCAGUGCAGUCGAUACGGCUUCCACGUGCGCUGGAGAACCCAGGAAAUAUGUCCUACUCAGUGUGAGGAUCUGAAUGUGGAUGACGAGUGUGAGUGGCACUACGACCCUUGCGGCACAGCCUGCCCUCCGACGUGCGAGGAUCCCUGGCCCGGGCACUGCGACCUCGGCUGCUUUGAAGGGUGCCAUCCACGGUGCCAACCCGGAGAAGUGCUGUUUGGUCACAGGUGUAUCCCAGUUGAGGAAUGCCCGAUACCCACUACUACGGCAGCACCAACCACUACUGAGGCCCCCACAACUGCCGCUCCAGAAACUACAGUAUGUGCACCUGUGUGUGAAUGGGGUCCAUGGAUAGAUCUGCACUGUCCAGAGACAGUUUGCGAGUAUGGUGAUCAGUCUCUUGGACUGUCGUGCUACCUUCUAGUACCACCAGAAGACAGUGAAACGUAUCAGCAAGCAACAAUAUACUGUGAUGCUCUCGGUGGCACAGUGGUGGUUUACUCAUCUAUGGAUGAAGCGGGUUUUAUAAUGGAGCAAUUUGGAUCUGACACUUUCUAUGUUGGUGCUACGUGGGAAAUGUACUUGAACAAAUGGGUUUGGGAUAAUGACAAUGUCGGAAACGACAUCUUGGAACGGCUGGAUGUUCCUGAUGGGUCCAUGAUGGAGCCAUGUCUUGUUAGUAUGAAUGGACAACUCAUGGCUGCCAGCUGUGACAUCGCAAGGCAGUUCAUUUGUGAAACAACUGGAACGCCGGGUCCGGAGAGUGAAGACGAUGAUACAGCACGGGAGGCAGGAUAUGACAUCUGUGAAGAACCCAUGGGCAUUGAGUGUCUAAAUGUGGACACAGGAGAAAUUCUGGAAAACGGACAAAUGUCGCUAGAUGAUGGCACUUAUUGUACACUGGAGGAUGGUGCUACAUGCCUCUACAACUGUCCCAAUUAUCAAGUCAGGUACCAGUGCUGCUAUGCCAUGGAUAUAUGUACAACCCCUGGACCGACAACCACUACAGCACCACCCACAACCACUACAGCACCACCCACGACCACUACACCACCACCUACAACCACUACACCACCACCUACAACCACUACAGCACCGCCAACAACCACUACACCACCACCUACAACCACUACACCACCACCUACGACCACUACACCACCACCUACGACCACUACACCACCACCUACAACCACUACACCACCACCUACAACGAUAUGUGCACCUUAUUGUCCAUGGUCUGAAUGGAUAGAUCUCCACUGUCCUCCAACAGUGUGUCACCAUGACGAGACACAUUCCCUUGGGCUAUCCUGCUAUCAGACCGGACCAGACACAUAUACUCACAACGCUGCGAGAAUCUACUGCGAUGCUAACGGCGGCAUAUUGAUGACUCCAUCAAGUUCCGAUGAAAUUGGAUAUAUAAUGGACCAGUUUGGAAGUGAAACAUUCUUUGUGAAUGCAUACUGGUCAGAAACACACCAAGACUGGCUUUUGGAAGACGGAACCCCCGCUGUUGAGUUGGACGCACUAAAUCCACCAGACGGUAGUCCUACUGAGAAGUGCCUGGUAAUGAUGAACGGACAGCUCAUGGCUUCAUCUUGUGAUGUAGCAUAUGGUGUCCUUUGCGAAAACACAGGAACACCGGGUGCAGAGGAUGAGACUGAUGAGGCAGCACGAGAAGCGGGCUACGACCUCUGUGACUAUCCCAUGGACAUUGAGUGUCUAAACCUGCAAACAGGCGACUUACUGGAAGACGGGCAAGAAGGACCAGAUGGCACACUGUGUACCUUAGCUUUCGGUGCUCAAUGUGACUACAACUGUCACAACUAUCAAGUCAGGUACAAAUGUUGCUAUGAGAUGCACAUUUGUACGACGCCUGGACCAACAACAACUGAAGCACCACCAACAACAACUACUGCACCACCCACUACCACUACAGCACCACCCACAACCACUACAGCACCACCCACAACCACUACAGCGCCACCAACAACCACAACUGAAGCACCACCUCCACCAACAACCACAACUGAAGCACCACCUCCACCAACAACCACAACUGAAGCACCACCUCCACCAACAACAACAACUGAAGCACCACCUCCACCAACAACCACAACUGAAGCACCACCUCCACCAACAACCACAACUGAAGCACCACCUCCACCAACAACAACAACUGAAGCACCACCUCCACCAACAACCACUACAGCACCACCUACAACCACUACAGCACCACCUACAACCACUACUGCACCACCUACAACCACUACUGCACCUCCCACAACCACCACGUUAGCACCGACUACAAUAUGUCAACCUUUUUGUGAAUAUGGGGAAUGGAUAGAUACGCACUGCCCCCCUACAGUGUGUGAGGAUGAUGCAGAUAUGUCCCUUGGAGAUUCCUGCUAUCAUUAUGAAGAGGAUGCCCUAGAGACCAAGGACGAUGCACAAGUGAUCUGCCAACAGGGUGGUGGCGGCUUGGUCACUCUGUCCUCUGCAGAUGAAUAUGGUUUCAUGGUCAGCAAUUUUGGAACGGAGACAUUCUAUCUUGGAGCUCAUUGGACAGGCACUGCUUGGGCUUGGGAUGAUGGAAGCACUGAGGGAUUGGACCUUCUUGAAUUGCUUGGUGCGCCUGAUGGCAGCGCAACUGAGCCUUGUCUUAUGAUGGAUGCGAGUGUUCUUACAGCUACUUCAUGUGACAUUGCAAGGCAAUACCUUUGUGAGAUACCUGGAGAACCAGGCGAAGAGUUGGAAGAUGUCGAGUCAGCCCGAGAAAACGGCUAUGACGUUUGUGAUGGUGACGAGCCAAUGGGAAUUCGGUGCCGGGAGGUAGGAUCAGACACCAUCCUGGAAGGAGGGGAGUGGUCAGAGGAUAACACCACCCUUUGCAGCUUAACACCACCUGGUGCUUUUUGUGAUUACAACUGCUCGAAUUAUGAAGUACAGUACCAAUGUUGUUAUCAAAUGACGAUUUGUACAACGCCUGGGCCAACGACUACACCACCUCCUACUACAACUACACCGCCACCCACAACCACUACACCACCUCCAACAACCACUACACCACCCCCGACAACAACUACACCACCUCCGACAACAACUACACCACCUCCAACCACGACUACACCACCUCCAACCACGACUACACCUCCUCCAACGACUACUACACCUCCUCCGACAACCACUACACCACCCCCAACAACCACUACACCACCGCCAACAACCACUACACCUCCUCCAACAACCACUACACCACCUCCAACAACCAC